AGCAGCAGCAGAAGCAACAGCAAUGGCCGAGCGCGACACCCCGCGCGCGCGCUUCCUGCACCGCUUCCGCCCGCCCAUCCCCAGCUUCCUCGGAAGCUCCGCCGCCGCUGCCCGCGCGUCCUUCUUCUCCUUCUCCCGCGCCCCGCGGCCCGCCAGCAGCGCCUACUCGGGCGAGGGCCUGCGCGGCGCGCCUGACACGGUGGUCGGUACGGACGAGACGGACGAGGACAGGGACAUAGAUAUGGAUAUGGACGGUGGCGAUGGCGGGCCCAAGAGCCCCGCCUUCCCGCCGUCGUCGUCACAGUACCGCAUCCGCGCCGCCGACCUGCGCCUGCCCGGCUCGCGGCUGCAGAUGCCCGGCCUGGCGCGCACGUGGACGCAGGACAGCAGCCACGGGCUGCCGACGGCGCGGCCCGGUACAGCGGCGGAGGUGGGGGUGGCGGCGCCGGAGCCGGUGGUGCUGCGGGAGGGGAGGGGCACGCGGCAUGCUGCUGCUGAGGGGGUUGUGGUGGGCCACGGGCAGGGGGACCUGCAUCGCGAGCGGCGGAGGAAGCAUCGGCACCGGCAGCGGGAGCGGGAGAGGCGGCAUCGCAGGGAGGGGAGUGGGAGUGGCAGUCGCAGCCGGAGUGAUCGGGCGAGGUCGGGCAGGUCGCAUCGCUCCGGCCGCUCAGGCACUGGCAGCAGCCACCGGUCGUCGCAGCGCAGUCGGGAUGAAGAGAGCCGGAGCGAGCGGAGGGCGCGCAGGGAGCGGGAACGGCGGCGGCGGAGAGAGGAUGGCGAGUCCGGGACCGGGUCCGAGCGCAGGCAGCGCCGGCCGCCGAAGCACUUCCUGUUCUGCUUCCCCUGGAUCAAGUCGCGCCGGAUCCGCUCGCAGAUACUGCGUUGUUUCGUGUCGGGCACGUUCCUCACGCUGACGUUGGCAGUGUACCUCUCGCUCUCGUUGACGAAAAACGUCAGCAGCAACGAGUUCACGAUCGUGCUGGUGCUCAUCCUGCUCGCCGUCACCGUCUUCUUCUGCCACAGCCUCGUCCGGCUCCUCAUGCUGGUGGUCAAGGCGCGCAAGCGGGAGCAGGCCGUGCAGCGCGGGCAGCUGCCGGAGAUGAUCAGCCGCCCGGGGGGCUACGCCAUCCCGCGCGAGCCCAUCCCCGUGGUGCUGGCCCGCGACGAGGAGGCCGCGGGCAUCGAGAGCGAGGCGACCAAGACGGGCCCGCCGGCCUACGGCAUGUGGCGGGAGAGCGUGGUAUGUGCAAUUCGGUGCCAGCAGAUGAACCUAUGAGCCUCACCCGAGGGUGACUGACAAGUGAAACCGCAGAGGGUCGAUCCGAACCACCUCUUCUGGGCGCGCAACGAGCAUGCGCCGCCGAUGGAAGAAGAAGAGUUGGACGUCAGCAGCAGCUCGGGCA